UUGACGCCGCUUGUUAUUGAAACAUUUGCGGUGAGGAUGUGUUCAUGACGUCACCGCAGCACAUCGCGUGACGUCACAUUCCGGUAAAUCGCCGUGUUUUGUCGCGCUUCGAUUGGAUCGCGCUCUCCGUGCCAAAAAACGGUAGGCUUUCGGUGUAAUGACACCAUUAAAGGACGCUGAUCCGUUCACAUCCCGCUUAAUGGCAAGCAGCUGAUAUCUGGUGGACACCGAAGCCUGUUUUUACCAAUGUAAAUUAUGAAAAAUCGGGAGUAUCAGCAAAUAGAUCCACAGGCACUCGCGACACCCACGCCGACGCCUCCAACGCGACCUCUUCCCGAGCACAGGAGCAAACGAGCUCGGAGAAAAUGGGAGGUGUUUCCCGGGAAAAACCGCUUUUGUUGUGAUGGACGCAUCAUUGUGGCGCGUCAGAGCGGCGUGUUGCCUCUCACGCUCGGGCUUAUCCUGCUCACCAGUGGACUGUUUUUCAUAUUCGACUGCCCAUUCCUGGUGAAACAUCUCACCCGCUUCAUUCCAGCAAUUGGAGGGGUCCUAUUUGUUUUUGUGAUCAUCUCUCUUCUUCAGACAAGCUUCACAGACCCUGGGAUUCUGCCCAGAGCAACUCCAGAAGAGGCUGCAGACAUUGAGAAACAGAUUGACAAGCCGACUAGCUCAUCAUCCUACCGCCCCCCUCCGCGCACCAAAGAGGUCGUCAUCAACCAGCAGGUGGUUAAACUGAAGUACUGCUUUACCUGUAAGAUUUUCCGCCCUCCUCGCACCUCCCACUGUAGCCUGUGUGAUAACUGUGUGGAGCGGUUUGAUCAUCACUGCCCCUGGGUCGGGAACUGUGUGGGAAAACGCAACUAUCGCUUUUUCUACACCUUCAUCGUGUCGCUGUCUCUUCUCACAGCCUUCAUCUUUGGUUGUGUAACUACACACCUGGCUCUGAGGUCACAAGGAGGAAAUGGGCUGGUCAUCGCCAUUCAAGAAAGUCCUGCCAGUGCUCUUGAAUUAGUGGUCUGCUUUUUUUCUGUGUGGUCCAUUUUGGGCCUCUCAGGCUUCCAUACAUACCUUGUAGCUGCAAAUCUUACCACCAAUGAGGAUAUUAAAGGUUCCUGGUCAGCAAAAAGUGGAAAUGAAGAUGUUGGAAAUCCUUACAGCUAUAACAAUAUCAUCAAAAACUGCUGUGCUGUCCUCUGUGGACCCAUGCCGCCCAGUUUGAUUGACAGGCGAGGGUUUGUGCCCUCUGAUGACUCCGUUCAGACCAGCCCUGUAGAAACUCAACUUCCAGCAGCUAAAAACGACAUAAACAUGUGCACAGAGGCUACCAAUGGUCUUGUGGAAACUGCCUCUCACUCUCCAUUACUCACAAGCUCCUGUCCACAAGCCAAGCCCCAAGCAGUGCCACCUGUACUGGACCCUAUACCAGAGGUUGUCCGUUCUCAUGCCUCAAGGACGUCCAAAGUCACCGAAAGCCGCCCUGCAAACAACACCCCUCACAAACACCAUUCACACCACAGAACCAAGGGCAAACAAGCCAUUUCUAACUCCCACGGGUCAUCUAACUCUUCUUUAAAACCCAUUCACAGACACAGUUCAAGAGGGCAUAGAGACUUGAAGAGCAAAGACUCAAAAAUCAGCUCUGUGCACCAUGAUUCAAAACUCAGUUAAUGGAGUGUUUCUGAACAUACAGCUCAAAACUAUUUCAAUAAACUGCCAACAGAAUUAUACUGUAAGAGUGAGGACUUAUCAGACUGGAUGAAGUGAUGAAGCAGUAUAGACUUCCCUUAUGAGAGCUGCUUAAUUAAAUGGAAAAUGAUGUAAUUCAUUUGCAUUUGUUGUUUUAAUGACAUUUCAAGCACAAAGACGUCCUAUUGUUUUCAAGUGCUCUGCAACUGCGGGCAAUUCUCAUUGGAACCAAUCAAUCAAUCCUACAACAGGUUCCCAAAGAGCUUUAUUGGAACAGCAAUAAUGGAACAUUAAAACCAGUAUGAAAGACAUAAACUCUGGGAUCCAUUUUCACAAGUUUUUCAAUUUUAGAUGACGGCUUCAAAAGCUUGGAGCCAGUCUAUAUGCAAAAAACAAAACAGUCAAGAGCAUGCCAGAAAAAUGCUGUUCAUUGGUGAACAACAUGGGUCUUUUCACAAUUUCCACCCUUGAUCCAGCAUGAUAUUGUAACAAAAUGGUAUAAUGUUUAAAAAGUGUACACCUUGCAAUCGUUAAGACAAACAUGUCCAAUUUAUGGAUAACCAUUAUUACUCUCAUAAUAGUGCUGCCAGUCUGAGCUUACCUCCAAAUCUUGUUACGUCUGCUGUUCUUAUUAAUGUCCUGCCCGCGUCUGUCUAUCAAAAAUUAGUAAUUAAAAAUGUCUAUAUGCACUAACCCUCUAUAUGCAGCAAUACUGUACUGAUUGAAGUGAAACAUGCUGUUGUGUGGACAUUAGGAUGUUUACGUAAGAACAGGAAUGUGAUGUAUUGUUAUCCAGGUUUUGUCUUGAAAUAUGCAACUGAAUGUUAUAAAAAAAGUGUUUGUUUCUCAUGACCUCUGCGACAUUUGCACAAAUAAAUACAAAAUACUUACAGGACAGCUUGGAGUAUGUGGGAUUUAUAUUUUAUUUAUUCACAGAAAUAAAGACAAUGCUGG